UCCCUCAAAACAAAAACAAAAAAGUCUAAUUAGGAGUUAUAGUCAAAUUAAAGUGUACUAAGUAGUCAAAUUAGGGACAAGAGCCCAAAAUCCGGUACCUAGUAAAAGGAAUAUUUGAAUGGUAGGUGGCAAGAAAAAAGGGAUCUUGUCUGUCUUGUACUACUUCUUAUACUUAUUAUACCUAUGACUUCGUUAAAACUUUCACUUUACAUUUCACAUUUUACUACUAACUACUCUUUCACACACACACCAAUCAAGAGAAUAACAUAUAAAAAUAUAAAGUCCUUUUUUUCAUUGCUGUCAGACAUUUUCAUCAAAUGGGAAGGGAACGAAGAGAGCCAGCCUCCAUGAAUGAAUAAUCACAAACAAAACAAAACAAAACAAAAAUAUAAUAAUAACAUCAUAACACACUGUUCAACAUUCAUUUCAUUCAUUCAAUUACCUAUGAACUAGAGAGAAAGGAAGAAAAAUGAGUGUAUCUUUGACUGUUAUGACCUUGAAUCUUCAUGAUGAUGAACCACAAGAUAGUCCUAAUUCAUGGGACAAAAGAAGAGACAUAUGCAUAAGUGUUAUUACCAGUUACUCCCCCAUCAUCCUUUGUACUCAACAAGGAGUGAAGACACAAUUGGAUUUUCUCCAGCAAGGUUUGCCAGGCUAUGAUCAGUUUGGCGUAUCACGAAAAGGGCCACAAGAUACAACUGAUGAGCAUUGCACUAUCUUCUAUGACAAGGAAAAGGUAGAGCUUCUAGAAGGUGGAACAUUUUGGUUGUCUGAGUCUCCGUCUGUACCUGGAAGCAUAUCGUGGGGUUCCGAAGUUCCUUGCAUCGCAACAUGGGCUACAUUUCAACUAAAAGGAGUUGAGCCACCAGGAUUCUCAUUUCAGAUAGUAAAUACAAACAUGGAUGAGCUCAGUGCUCGUGCCCGUAGACGAAGUGCGUUACUCACAUGGCAGCACAUUGCAUCCUUACCCCCUAGCCUACCAGUUGUGUACUGUGGAGUAUUCAAUACACAAAAAGAAUCAACUACUGGACGUUUCCUUCUUGGAAGAUCAAGAGAGCAUGGUGUAGUUGGGGAUAUGAGGGAUGCAUGGCCUAGUGCGCGUGUAAGGAAAAAUGUUUCUCUAAUCCGCACUUAUCACGGAUUCAAGGGUGACAAACAAGGAACCGUUGAAUACCUCAAGUUAAUUUUUAGAGCGCUCUGCCUCUGCUGGGAUCGGCAAACACAAGAUCUUCACGUUGAUUGGAUCCUUUUCAGAGGUAGAUCUCUUAUUCCUGUUUCAUGUGAAGUGGUGAAUGAUAAUAUUGAUGGAUGCUAUCCUUCAUCUCAUUUUCCUAUAUUUUCCGAGUUUAUGCUCCCUCGCACGGUACGGAUGCUAGAAUCACCGGUACAAGAGGACAACUAAAUUUCCAUGUUUUGCUAUAUCUGAGUUCUUUGGUGAUUCUUUUUUUUUUACCCGUAGUUGUAUCAAUCACGAGUUCUUUCUUUAGUUAUAUAUGGGUUUGCUGCCAUAUUAAGUGUUCAAGUAUACUUCUGGAAAAUGUAGACACAUCAUUAUGAACACAACUUUUGAGUUGAAAACUGCCUCUAUGUUUGAGGAUUAUGUAUUGAAACAGACUUAAAUUUGAGAGUGUUUCUUUCUCAAAUUAAUUUUGUGACUUAUUUUAUUAUU